AUGUGCAUUAACCUUGUUCUCAGGUACCGUUGCGGCCAUUGUCUUGAAAUCGAACUGAUUUGCGGCGAGAGCAAGUGCAAGCGUACAAAGCAAUCACAUGCAACCGACGACAAUGAGUGCGGAGACUGUUGUCGGAAGAUCGACGUCGAGAACCAGACAUUGCGAACACGCAUCAAGACCAUCGAGAGCAACGUCCGCAAGAUCCGAGCAAACGCAAUCCAGGAAUAUACCGCCAGCUUACACGUUGAGAUCAAGAAGAAAUAUAUCUGUCGGCACGAAGCUACGUCUUCAUACACACCCAAUAACAGUGCAAUCUCGAGCAAAGACUGUCGUUACCAUGUGCAGUAUUCCACCAGAGUAGACGUGAGGUGCGGAGCCUGCCAACGCCAACAGCUAGUCAACCGCGAUGCAGAAGUACAAGGCUUAUAUGCAGCUUCGCGAGAUCUACAACGUCAGGUCGAACAAUACGAGCUGGACCUUAUCGAGACCAUUGAAGAGCGCGAUGACGUGCUGCAGAGGUUAGAAAACGAGGGCAUCAGAGAAGUCAGGGACCUCCGUGACACCAUUGCAGACAUUCGAAAACAGAACGAAGAAUAUGACCUUCAAGCAACUGCAUUUAUGGCUCAGCAACGUGAGCGGCUGGCUCAAAUGGAAGCACAAAAUGCAGAGGCGGACACUGCUCUCUUAGACCUGGAAGAGAAGCUGCAGAUCGCGUUACUGGAGCACCAGAUGCUGCAUGAAAAACUGAAAGAGUACCAAGAGACUGACACAGCUGUAGCUGCGACUCUUGCAUUCGCAAUGGUACGAAGCGAAGGCACUGCCGCCGCACAGGAUCAAGAUUUGGACGAUGCAUCUGCCGAAAUCGAUGACGAGUGGUGGUCAGAGAAUGAGGAGAAUGUGGAGGUAACUCCGGACGAUAACAAUAAAGAUUCCGCUGUGUUGUCAAACGAUCAUGUUCGACAUCUGGCUGGAGUAUCUGAAGAGGUAAGGUCACGGGACCAUGAGUCUUCGCCGGUUACCAAAACCGAGGAUACUCACCCAUGUUCAACUGCGGUGAAGGAGCAAGACACCACAAGAAAGCCAUCAAGACCAUCGAAGCCGCCCAAAUAGACCAAGCUGUUUAAUGCAAACUCGACGCCUGAGAAAGUGCCUGUGAUACCACCGUUUUUGGAGACAUGAUGCAGGAGCUGAGAGGAAGGCUUGGACAAG